GAGGGGAGGGGAGCGGGGCUUUGAUCGCGUUACAACGGCCUGGAGCCGGCCCUGGCCCCGGCCUCGGCCCCAGGCCUGGCGCGGCAGGCUCGGCCCGCGCAGACAUGACAGAACCGCGGAGGGUGGCCUUCAACACCGUGCCCGCGCCUGCCGACGCCGUGCCCGCGCCUCCCACCGCCACGACUAAGAAGAAGAGGCGAGAGGAGCGGAGCGGCUCGACUCCGGCUAAUGUACGCUUCGGCCUGCGGCUGAGUGAGCCAAGCGACCGGAGCCACACCGAGUACAACUACAACGAGCUGCUACGAGAGGCCAAGAGAAAUUUUGCCAAUCCUGAUGAUCCCUUCAACAAUGAAGAGAAGGAGAGAAAAGAAGUGGAAGCUUUAGCAAAGAAACUUGAGGAAAAAUACGGUCAAAAGAAUCACAAGCGACGGAAAGACCGCAUGCAGGAUUUAAUUGACAUGGGGUACGGUUACGAUGACACAGAUCCAUUCAUUGACAAUUCUGAAGCGUAUGAUGAAUUGGUGCCGGCCUCCCUGACAACAAAAUACGGAGGAUUUUACAUAAACACAGGAACUUUACAGUUCCGGCAGACGUCCGACACUGAAGAUGAAGAUAUGGUGGGAAAGAAAAGACUGAAAUCACCAAAAAGACAAAAAUUAAAAGAUGGAGAAGACAGGGUGGUGAAAAAACAAAGAAAGAAGGACGAAAGUGGGUUGAAAGAGAAGAAGUCAAGGAAGCUGAAGGUUUCAAAGGAGUCUGGAGUGGUGGCCCUCAACGCUGACAAACAUAAAAAGAAGCGGAAAAAUCACAGUGACGCCUUGUCGUUGGCUGAAAUGCUCAAAAAGUUCCAGAAGGAGAAAGAAGCCAUGAAGAAGCAGGAAAUCACCUUGAAACCUCCACCCUCCUCUCAGGUCGCUGAGCAGGCUGCAAAGAACUCUGGCUGUUCCGAAAUCAGCCUGACCGCCUCUGACCAGGUCUUUGCAAUUCUAGGGAACUCCAACGAGAAUGACCUUCUUCAGGAAGCCGCCAAUGCCAUGGAGUUGCUUGGGGACCUGGACAUAGAUAAGCUGCUGGCGGAGACGCCAAGCGGAAGCCCAGCCUCUGAAACUGAGGAAAAUAGCAAUACCGCAAUGUCCUCAAGCUUCACCUUCCUGGCCCAGAGCCAGAAGCAAGUGUCUGAGUUGCCAGUGGGGUUACCUGCCCAGCUUGAGAAACGGAUCCAUGAUCUUAAGGCACUAUGCGCUGUACAUUCAAACAACGAAACCUAUGCUAGCAAGGUCCCUGAAGGGGAAGGAAAGAAGAAAUUCUUCACCCCGGAUAUUAACACCAUCCUUCUGGACAUUGAGCUACAAAUGCAGGAGUUGAAUGUGACACUGCGUUCAGGAGUGUAUGGUUUCCUGGCCUCCUUCCUGCCUUGCAGCAAGGACACGCUAAUGAAACGUCUGAAGAAACUACAUCUCAACGAGCAGGACGAGCGGUUACGGGAUCCGACACAGAAGCUGAAGGAAGCAGUGGCAAAUGUGAUGCCAGCUCAGCUGAUAAAAUACCAGGAAGAACUGCAAGCACAUACGCAGGCCCGGUUUGCCAAAAUGGCGUCCGAAGAGGACCGAGACAAAAAUGCCUCUGAAGAGGAAGAUGACGAUAAGCCAGGCCGAAGAGUCAUGGGACCACGGAAAAAGUUUCUUUGGAAUGAUUACGUCAGGGACCUACUGUGUAACCUGGUGAAGAUAAAACUGGGAUGUUACGAACUGGAGCAAAACAAAUCACAGUCAGCAGAGGAUUAUCUGAAGGCUUUUAUGGAGACUGAGGUGAAACCUAUCUGGCCCAAAGGCUGGAUGCAAGCACGGAUGCUGCUUAAAGAGAGCAAGAGAGUGCACAAUCAUCUAACCGCCACACCGGCUAAGAAGAAGGUAAUAUUAGCCCCAAAACCUAAAGUAAAGGACUCAAGCCCCAAGAAAGAGCAGAAACUCACUACUGCAGGCAGCACUGGUCCGAAAGUGCUGCCUAUGAGUAACGUCGCGCCUAUCAGCAUCUCAAGGUCCAGUUGUAAUCAAAACCGGGAAACUAUUUACCUGGACGACUCUCUGGAUGAAGAUCUGUCCCUUAAGCCCCCUUCUCUCGAAUCGGUGUCGGAUGCAUUGUCUGUCUUCAACAAUUCGGCCAAGAUCGGCAGGAUUGUAAAUAACUCUGUUCCCCCUGCACCUCGACCUCAGCCUGUGGCGAAGGAAGAUAAAAAGGUCAUAGCCAAGGUCACACCUCUAGUUCUUUCCCCAAAAGCAGCCUCCUUUUCCCCAAAGUCAGCCACGCCGUCACCGAAAGCAACUGCGCCCCAGCCGAAAGCAGUCGUGCCAUCUCCGAGAGCAGGCACGCCGUCCCCAAAAGCAGCCACGCCGUCUCCGAAACCAGGCAUGCCGUCUCCGAAAGUGCCCACGCUUUCUCCUGUCCCUUUGACCUUCAGUCAUUUAUUUGGCCACAGUUCGGGCACCAAGAAAUCCCAGGAAGGGUCCCGACCAGGGAUGACCAGCUUGAUCGCCGGCUACACCACACCUUCGUCCCAAACACCCAAACCCCCCCCAGUGACUUGCACGGCCAAGCAGCACCAGCCAGGAUUGCAGAGGCUGAGCCAGUCACAGGCCCAAUCCGCCAAACAGCAAUCCCAGUCCAGCAUGCACCUCAACAGCCUUGUGUCACACCCCCAAAUUUCUGCCGGCAAAACGCACCAAAAUCCGGUAGUAAAGUUGAACGCCUGUCCACAGCACCUGCUCCCCAGUCAUAUGCCACAGUUGUCAGAGAAGUCGACUGCCUACCCGACGUCCUUUUCUCCCUCGGCCACCAGCAGCACCCAGGUUUCUCACACUGCAGUGUCUCGGACCAGUUCCAGCCCGUCUACCUCUAGCGAUUACACGCCCAAAGCCACAGUGCCCUCGAGCACCUCGGCCCAAGGCUUUAAACCUCCCUUCUCCAUGGCUGGCCCACUCAAGCCCACAGCCCCUUCAAGCACCGUGAACCAGAAUGUGUCGACGGGGUCAAGUAGUCUGACCGGGACUCCAGCCAGCAGGCAAAGCAGCGGUAAACACUCUGGCAGCCCAUCCGGCAGCAGGCAGUCGCCUUCCGGAUCGACCGCCAGUCAGCAGCAGUCAGCAGCUCUUGUAAAAAAAACCUCAGUGCCUCAGAAACUGGCCAGCCCGCUGGGUGCUGGGACUCUUGGCAGAAGCACCACAGCCGGAACUGUCAGCCGUGGCAGCUUGAGCGUGAGCGGGGCGCCCGUCAGGAGCAGUGGAACUGUCGGUAGGAGCAGCGUCGCUGGGGCAGUGGGCAUCGGCACCACAAACCGCAGCACCACGAGCCCGAAUGUCUCUGUCAGUCGGACUGGGUCUCUCAGCAAUUCAGCUGCUAAUAGGAGCAGCCCUAGCGGAACUGUCAGUAGGACUAAUGUGAGUGGGGGGCCGGGAAGUGGUGCUCAGGUUGCUAUAAAAAUGCUGCCCUCCCUACACAGGCCCCCCUCUGGCUCAGGAUCAUCAACUGGUAUCCAGGCAACUGCUGGAUCGACCUUAUUGGCAAACACGUCACCUCUGACUCUAAUGACAUCGCCCCUGAAUGUAACGAAUCUGAACGCUACGUCAGCGUCUCUGAACUCAGCAGCAGCGUUCAGCAUGUUGGGCGGUCUUGUUCCCGUUUCCCUGCCCUUCCAGCUCCCGCUCAACCUGCUCAGCUUCGCUUCAGAAUCAGAUGUCUCCACCACUGCGCCUACUGGAUCUACCUCAGUCACGUUCCAGCACAACUUAACGCAAAGUAUUUUGAAAGGUUUGCAGUCUGGUUCUACACAGCUUUCCCGAUCAAGUGUGCCAGCCCACUUACAACAGGCCUACACAGAUGGCAACCAAAGCCAGGGAGACUCUUCAAAGGUCCAACGGAAAUCAUAAUGACUUCUGAAUCCUCCGCAAGGUCGCAGUGGACAGCAUCACAUGGGAUUUGUUGGACUGAAGUUUCCCAAUUGGUCUAGUUGCCUCCACCAAUUAGGAGGCCUCUUGCUGGGUACAUGACUGAGGGUGUUUUCCUUUUGUUAAGUUUAUAACACUUCUGACCCAGAACACUGUGGAAAAGGGAAAAAUUUACUGAGUUGAAUUGAUUUGCAAAUGGGACCUAAUUGAACCCGACCGAGUCUGACGGGUCCGUUAGCUUAUCCGCUAACUGGGAUGACUUCAGCCAUGCCUGAGGAACAGUUCAAUGGUUUAAAAGACUAAUCGAAAUGGUUAAAUGGGAUUCCAAAGCAAGGGGUCAUUCAAAAAAGCACAGUUUUUAUCACAAAAAUGUGUAUAGAGCAGCCAUGGGUCCCAUGGGAGUGGAACCGAGCAGAGAGGAAGCCUGGGGCUAGGGGGAGUGAGGCAAGGGGGAGCAAGAGAGUGAAAUCUGGGGCCUGGGGGAGUGAGGCCUGGGGCCAAGGAAGCAAGGCUGGCAGAGCCUGAGGCCAAUGGGAGUGAAGUAUGGGGCCCAAGGCUGUGUAAGGAGUAAGGCUGAAGAUCUGUCAGGAGUUCAAGCCAAGUGACUGUUUUUUAAUGUUCUAUUUAUCCAAUACCCAGUGGGCCUUAUGUACAGAAGAUGGUGAGACAUUGGAAUGAAGGACAGGAAAGGUAGGGGUGAUGGUUUUGAGGGAGUGGGGAGGUACCUUAACCUAGUGGGCAAAAUUUGAGGUGCUAAGAGGGCUGUAAAUCAGUCUCACAAGGUCAUGAUAUCUAACCCAUCCUCAGGCAGGUCAGUCUUUGACCGGAAUACCCUCAAAACAGGACUUGAUUAUUAUCACAUAAUUAACAAUUCUGCAGAUCAGAAAUUACUGAUUGGCAGGGGCAAAGUAAAAAAUUGGUUUGUCGCAAGACCUGUACAAGCUACUUCGAGAAGAUCUUUGGCAGCCCAGGAUCAACUUAUAAUGUAAUUCAACCCUUUCUAUUCUGUGGCAGUCUAUGCCACGUGGACUGUACUGGCUGAAUGGCCACCAGUAACUGUGGGGAUUCCUUCUGGCCAAACUUCGGGGAUGGAAGGAUCACGUAGUGGGUGUCAGGGGCUUCUUAAUUCAUGUUGUGAUAUACACCUGCAAUGUUUGGGAUUCUUGGUGUAAUGUGAUGGGGGCCUUUAAUUAACUUGCACCCAAGCAGUUGCAUUUCUUGACAAAAGCCCUGAGAUUGUACAGUGUGGUGAUUAACAUUCUCCCCCACAGGUGAAGCAUUAAACUAUGUUGCUGCCAGCUUAAAGCAUCUGCCCUUCUCUGAAAUUGGAGUUCGAGCUCGAGGCUUUUCCCAAGUUGGUUAAAGCUGUGCCCCAGGUUUUGAGACUGAGUCGAGGCGGCUUGGUUUUCAGUGUCACUGCCGCGUCAGUUGAUCUCGGCUGGAGCAGUGCUGCUGUCAGCUCUGCGUCCUAUGCAAUAAAGAGUGGAAGAAUAAAUUUGGGUCCUGCCCUUGGACUGAGCCAGAGUGCAUAUGUAUAUGAAGGACAACAUUGGACUGGUCUGUAACAUUCUGUGGUUGAAUAGCUUGUGAGCUCUCCCCUCCCCACGUUUGGGUGAGGUACCAGAGGCUGAAUGCCACCUGGAACACAGUACUCUAAGUUGGCGCCUUCAAGGGAGGGGAGGAGUGCAGGGAAGGGGGAGCCUUCAAGCUUCUCAUCCCCCUUUAAACUCCACCCUGUGGGAUUAAGGAACUUAUUUUGUCCACCCCUUCUUAAAAAUAAUGUUGCUUCAAAUUCCCCCAGAGUCUCUAUUGGAAAUGCUGGAGUUGUUAAAGGUCACAUCACUGAACUGGGGCCAUGAGGACAGAUGGCGAGAUUUAGUGCAUUGCAGGUCACAUCAGACACAGGGAGGGAAAUGGGUGAUGUCCUUUAUCAUUGUCUGACUAAAGGAUAUUGGGGCUCUUUAAACCAAAUCUUGCAUCUCUUCCACCUGUCUUCAAGAAACAAACGAGAGAGUGUUGAGACAUCUCCCAGACUGUUACAUUAACAUUUCCCACCUGGGUUAUGUGCAAGUGUUUUACAUCUAUAAAUAUGGUGGAGUGACUUAUACACCACAGAGAGCAGCAGAUCUGAGCACCACCACCUUACAGUAAGCACAAACUGGCUCUGCUGGUUUAAUUUUUUUCCCCCAAAGUUUCUGCUCUCUGAGUUUUUGGAUAUUCCAGCGCUCGGAGCUGACAGCGGGCUCUUGGCCUGAGGGAGGAAGUGGGGACAGAUAAACAACAGCCACUGUACACUGAAGACCAGGCAGUGCUGAGCUGCAAUGCCCCACCAGUUCAACUAACUUGCCAGCAUUCUCAGGUGAAAAAAGGCAUUCUCCCCUACUGAAGCCAUGGAACCCAGACCCGCCAACCUGAAUGAGGCGUCUGUCAGGGACAAGCAGAGAACUUCUAAUAUAUAUAAACAUGCAAACUUGAAUUUAACUGGCAAUUUGUCUUUUUUUUUUGAGGGGUGGGUAGUGUGGAGUUAGUUUUCUAAAAGCAGCUAAUUUCUGAACUAACUUUCAUUUCUCCAGAUUUGCUGGCUGUGGAACUUCUGUGCUAUGGUAUGUGGCCUGGGUUUGGGGUACUGUUACUCUGGGGCUGACCUGCAGCCUCUGGCCUGGCUAACUUCAGUCACUUUUGGUGAGUUGAGACUGUGUUCCCUACUCAAGUGUGUGGAGAAAGGCUGCUGAGGUUUGGCCUUGGCUGCUGAUUUCCAACUGGGAGCAGCUUUUUACACAUUAAAAACUCCUUCACAUUUAAAGACCUUUAUUCACAUGACAGGUCAUAAGAAAUAGGAGCAGGAGCCUGCGCUGCCAUCCAAUAAGAUCACACUGAUUGUGGCCUAAACUGCACUUUCCUACCUUGCUUCCCCCAAUGAGUAUAGGUCCAACCUUUUCAACCUUUAAUAUGAUAACCCCUUCAUCCCAGGAAUUAGCCUAGUGAACCUUCUCUGAACUGUCUCCCAUGCAAGUAUGUCCAUCCUUAAAUAAGGAGACCAAAACUGCAUAGUACUCUAGAUGCGGUCUCACCAAUGCCUUGUGCAGAUGUAACAAGACUUCCCUACUUUUAUCCUCCAUCCCCUUUGCAAUAAAAGCCAACAUUCCAUUUGCCUUCCUAAUUAUUUACUAUACCUGAAUGGUAACGUUUUGUGAUUCAGGUGCAAGAACACCCAGAUCCCUCUGUACUGUAGAAUUCUGCAGUGUUUCCCCUUUUAAAUAAUAUUCUGCUUUUCUGUUAUUCCUGCCAAAGUGGACAGUCUCACAUUUUCACUCAUGCUACUCCAUCUGCUAAAUUUUUGCCCACUCACUUAACAUAUUUAUAUCCUUUGUAGUCUCUUUGUAUCCUCACAACUUGCUUUUCUAUCUAUCUUUAUAUCAUCAGCAAAUUUGACUCCAAUACAGUCAUUGAUAUAGAUUGUAAAUAGUUAAGGCUCCAACAUUGGUAGCUGUGGCACUCUACUAGUCAGUUUGCCAAUCUGAAAAUGACCCAUUUUCCUGUUUGUUAGCCAAUCCUCUAUCCAUAGUAAUAUAUGACCCCCAACACCAUGAGCUCUUGUGCAGGUGAAGAUAGGGGGAUAUUUUUUUAGAAUAAGCUCCCCCCCCAGCAUCCUGUAGGCUGACCCACCCAACCAACCAAGCUAAGUGGGAUGUGGGUCGUGGUUGCAUUACUCUUCUGUCAGCAACCAUCCACACACUAACUCACUUCCAGCAGAUACCACUGCAAUUCGGGCUAGUGUGGUUCAAGCACUGACUCGCUCGAGUCUUGAGAAGUUCCUGAGUGACCCACAGUUCAAAAUCCCUGGACAGUCAGACGCCUUGCCAGCUUAUUCUCAAGCUGGUUUACAGCUCUGGAUGAUGGGACCUCCAGUUCCCUCCUGCUCAGUAAAUAACCAAACUAUCGAGUGCCUUGAGAAUAUUCAAUGAUGGAGAAAAGGUAAGGAAGGAGGUUGCUCUGUCCCUGCUGAUUCUACCUCCGAUUAUUUUGCUGUCUGUCUCCCUUCCAAAAGGUGACGGGGAGGAGGCCGGGUCCGUUUACUGCUGCAGCUGCCUGUGGGCAAGAUUCCAGCUGGUUUACUAUCAGAUUCAGCCCAGUGACUUGCUCCUAUAUGUAGUAACCAUUUAGAAUUCACUGAGAGUAAUGAUGUAAGCGAUACAUCCUCUCUUCAAUCAAGAUUGGUUGGGGACUUAUUAGCUGUUGCCUAUUUGGAGGCUGUCAGACAACCCAUGAUAUUCGGAAUGCAGUUGCCACCUGUAGGUGCCUCGCCGAGUCUCCCAUAGCGAGGAGGUGGACAGAAUCUAUACUGACAGCUGAGUGCUUUCCACAUGUACGAAUUUCACACGCAUCUCAGUGAUGACCUGAAUGUAAAUGAUAGAAAAUCUGCUGUUGGAUAUCUUCCCUCACUCCCUUGCCUGCAUCACAACUGGGAUACUCCCUGUUGUGUUUUACAUCAGCCCCUGCAUAAUAUAGAAAUUCUGUGCAAGUUGCAAGAGUAUCACUUGUGGGAUUCCAGGCUGGGAUAUUCCUUGUGGGAUUGAGUCAAAUUUUGAGUGUCCAGAUUGACGAGAAUCCGGAGUGAGUUGCUGGAUUACGCCUCUCCGACACUGGCCUUUCGCUGAGAUGAUGUGGAGGGAGCGGUUGGCUAAAUUGUCUGUUUUCUGCUUCCUUAAUUUGCACUAAACUUUGACCAUUUCAACGUCAGGGAUUCCAAUUGCGGAGAACCUGAGCGAUUUGGUCCCACAGCGAUGGAGUGUGUUUUCUCCCAGCCCUGCUUCAUGAUUGACUUUUUGCAACCCAACCUUCCCUACCAUGAAGCAGGUCACUCGGAAUUAACAUCACAGGAGUCCGCCCCACUCUCCAACUGAAGUUUUUUUUUAAAGAGGUUUAAAUCUUUAAUCUGCUAAAUUAACUGUUAAAUCCCUGCCUACUCCACUUCGCCCCUGUCCUAAAUAUUUAACUUUGACAAGUUUAAAAUCCAGAUGCACAGUAAAGUCACUGCAGCAUUUUAACCCGUUGACAGUUAACGCCCUCCAUCCUUUCCUGUCCCCUCCGCACCCCCAGGUGGAGGCAAGUGUUAUACAGUCAUGUAUGUGUGUGUGUGUGUCUUAGAAUGUUAGAAUAAUUUAUUAGACAGUUCUUGAGAAUUGUAAAGGAUUAAAUCUCAGGAUUUGAAUGACUGCAGCUUCAGCCUGUUAAAUUCUGUUAACCGAGAAUCUCUUCUGUGAUUUAAUAGAGGGCUUUAUAAAGGAGAAACUAUUCCCGGUGGCAGAAGAGUCGUGAACCAGAGACAGAUCUUAAUUAAUUGGCGAAAGCGCUAAUGGCAGACAAGGAGACAUUUUUAUACAGAGUUGUAGUGAUCUGGACAGCACUGCCUGACAGGGAGCUGGAAGUAAUUUUAAUCAGUAAUUUCAAAAUGCAAUUGGAUAAAUAAUUGAAGGGAAAAAAUUGCAGGGGGAAAAGCAGGAUUAACUUUUUCAAAGAGCCAGCACAGGCACAAUGGGCCAAAUAGCCUCCUGUGCUGUAUCACUCCAUGAUCAUUUCUAAUAGGUUUUUGUGUCCCAGUAAAAUAGAAGGUAAGUUUGUAGUCUUUGGGAGACUCCUGCUUUCUAACCCUGGUGAUAUGGAAACUACUAACCCAUUUUUAUCACGUGUUUGAAAAAAUCAUUCUAGUGCUUAAUAGCAGGGAUCUAUUGGGCUGCCUUAAUCCACCUUUUACCCUCUAAAUGAACUGGUGUCAGGACCUCGGGCGUUUGAACCCUGGAUGAGCGAUGGUGUCACUGUACUUCUGUUAUCUAUCAAAACAGGUAAACCAACAAAUUUACAUAUUGGAGCAAAACCUCAUCUGUUUAGACAGGAAUGUAGGCUUGAGAAACCUAUUGCCCAUUAACCCUGGUACCUGAAAUACAGGAGAUAUCUGAUCUGUUCAAGAGGGAUUGUUCACAAAAGAGCAAACACCAGUGAUUUGCCCGUGAGGCGUCCUGUUCUGUCAGUUGUUAUCUGACUGUUAUUGCCAUAACUGUAAUUUUUUUUCUUGAUGUGACAUUGUGUGUAACAAAGAGAUAAAAUUGUAAAUGAUGAUCAAA